AUGCUUCUGGCCAUCUCUUCUGUAUUCCUAAUAGCCCAAUUGGUUGCCAGUGCUCCAGUGCUCACUGUUCGUGAGGAAAUGGAGCAAAUCUUUCAAAAUUUGACAUCCGAGGCUCAAGAAGACUAUUUUGCGAUUCUUUUCAACGACACGUUGACAUUGAGAGAAUUGGAUGAAAAAUGGGAUCAAUGGGCGGAGAAGCACGGAAUUGCGGAUAAAUGGGCCGCCUACAGUACCAAAUGGCUUGCCAGAAAGGAAAAGUUCAAUGAGACUGUAGUCUUAGCAAUGGAGAGACUUCCAUCCGCCUACCGUAUGAUGAAUGAAAUCACUUCCAACCGCGAACAAACAAUUCAAGAAGUUGGAGAAGCCUUGGAUAAACUUCAGGAGACCUACUACAUGGAAGUCAGUAUGCUGAUGUAUUUCUCAAAAGUAAUGGUACUCAACGAGGGACAAAUUAUGGGUGGAGAAGGACCAGUCGAAGUUGGAAAUGAGGUUUCCGAGGAUUUGAGAAGACUGAGAGAUUAUAAAAAUAAGAUUAGAGGAUUGAAAGCCCUUCUGGUUCCAGGACCAUUGGUUUAA